AAAACCAGCCUCCCACUCUGAACAGGAUCCUGGCACCAUGAGGUGACGACUGUGACAUCUUGUACUUUCCCAAGGCAGACUUAUGGCAAGGAUCACUUUGUCCUGCCUGCCGGCCUCCUGGUACUGCAGCGUGUCCCUGCUGUCUCUGGGCUGUGCUCCCAGACAGAGGCUGCUCCUGCUGCUGCUCCUCUUCUUCACCUCCGCCCUCCUUCUACUGGGAACCUACCAGAGGCAGCUGUGGGGCAGCCAGAGGCAACCCGGCGCCCACUUCAACAAGUAUCUCUCCAUCGCUGAGUCCAUGGAGUCCACCGACGUCCUCAACAUGGCUCUAAAUUACGGGAUCGUGGUGGACUGUGGCAGCAGCGGCUCCCGGGUCUUCGUGUACUACUGGCCCCCCCACAACGGGAACCCUCACACCCUGCUGGACAUCCGACAGAUGAAGGACCGCGAACGCAAACCGGUCGUCAAGAAGAUUAAACCUGGUAUCUCCACUCUGGCAAAGACUCCGACGAAGGCCAGCGACUACCUCCAUCCUCUCCUCAGCUUCGCCGCCGCUCACGUCCCGAAAAACAAACACAAGGAGACACCGCUCUACAUCCUCUGCACCGCCGGCAUGAGGCUGCUGCCAGAGGGCCAACAGACAGCCAUCUUGGAGGAUCUGGUCACCGAUGUUCCUCUGGAGUUUGACUUCCUGUUUUCACAGUCGCAUGCCGAGGUCAUCUCAGGGAAGCAGGAAGGAGUGUACGCAUGGAUUGGUAUUAACUUCGUGUUGGGUCGCUUUGAUCACGCUGACGACGAGGACGCCACUGUUGAGGUGACGACGGGAUCGCAGAACCAGCAGCCAAUCAGCAGGCGGCGCACCGUGGGCAUCAUAGAUAUGGGCGGAGCUUCACUGCAGAUCGCCUACGAGGUGCCGAGCGCCAUCACGUUCAGCUCACCAGAACAAGAGGAGUCAGGGAAGAGCGUUCUCGCCGAGUUUAACCUGGGCUGCGAUGUGGAGCACACGCAACACGUUUACCGAGUCUAUGUCACCACCUUCCUCGGCUUCGGAGGAAACAUGGCCAGACAGCGUUACGAGGACCAGCUGCUCAACAACACACUGGCUAAGAACAGGUUUCUAACCGCUCAGACCGGCCUGGGCGAGGACAAGCCGUACCUGGAGCCGUGUCUACCGGUCGGUCUGUCUGACACGGUUUCCCGGGACAACCGCACCUUGUACGUGAGGGGUCAGGGCGACUGGGCUCGCUGUCAGGAAGCCGUACGACCCUUCCUCCGUCUGCACAACGGCACCAUGUCACCGGGAGGAGUCUACCAGGCUCCCAUCAACUUCAGCAACAGCGAGUUUUACGGCUUCUCCGAGUUUUUUUACUGUAUGGAGGACGUGCUGAGGAUCGGAGGACAGUACGACAGCGAGAAGUACUCCAGAUUCGCCACGGAUUACUGCUCCACCAAGUGGUCGACACUGAAACAGCGUCUGGACAACAAGCUGUUCUCUCAGCAGGCCGACAUCAGCAGACUCAAGACUCAGUGUUUCAAGUCGGCCUGGAUGUACGAGGUGUUGCACUCCGGUUUCCGUUUCCCCAGCGACUACCCGAGUCUGAAAACCGUCAAGCUGGUUUAUGACAAGGAGGUCCAGUGGACUCUGGGAGCCAUCCUGUUCAAAACCCGCUUCCUGCCUCUCAGGGACCUGCAGCAGGAAACGUUGCGGCAGAACCACCCCAACUGGCUGCGCUCCUCCUUCGUCUACAACCACCACCUGUUCUCCCUCUGCAUCCUGGUGGUGGUGCUGGCCAUCCUGCUCUACAUCCUGCGCCUGCGGAGGAUCCACCAGCGAGAGCAGCGGCAGACCGAAGCCCUGAACCUGCUCUGGGUGGAGGAGGGAGAAGCUCUACUCCCCUGAUUCACCUGUUGGGUCUUUCUCCAGAUGUUCUCAUGGCCUCCGUGAUGUGUUAUUCGUACUGUAUCUGCACACCGCGACAAUAGAAGAAUGUGAACACGGAGGACAGAUAAAGAUCCUUCUCACAGGCCGAGGGUGUGAGCUAGCUGAGGAGGAUUUAUGGGAGGACCCAAGAGGCUCGAACAUGGAACAACAUCACAGCACAGACAAGCUUAAUGAGCCUGAAAACAAACUCCUCUGUGUACUCUUUGAUCGUGCAGCUUUUAAACUCAAAGUCCAGAGCUCAGGCUGGAAACUUGUUCUCCGGGUUCAACUUUUAUUCUCAAGAAAAAAAAACUUCGGAAGAAAAGAAUCAACUCAUCAUCACAGGAUUAAACCACUCUUAGUUGUUUUCUUCCAUUUUCAUUCAAGAUCAACAGUCCUGUCUGGACGUUGGAACUGAAUUUGGCGUCUAUAAACAUCUGUUGAGGAAAACGUAUCUGAAUCAACAUUUGAUGGCAAUGAAACUCCUUCCUGUGAUCUUCCUCUUAGGAUUCAUAUUUUCCUUCCCAUCAUCUUACCGUCCAGGGUGAAACAUUUCAACUACGUCUCAAUCAUUCCAGUCGCCGUUUAAUUCGUUUCAGACAUUCAUCAUCGCAGAACGAGCCUCGAUCUCCGUUUGACGUUUCAUCUCACGCCACUAAAAUUUUAAACCUGUCCAACAUUUUGUAGUUCAUGACAGGAUAUCUGCAAAACUAAUCCUGUAAAUCAGCCUCAGCUUGUGUCGUUUUCAGAUAGAUGGUAGAGAAGGGAAAGAUUUGUGUGAGCAAAGUCAACUAAUGACUGUCAUAUGUUUGCAACGUUGGUCAUCUAAGGUUACGGAUCCUUUACAUUGGGGUUUAUUACCUUUGGUGAUGGGUUCAGGUACUUCUGUAUUUUGUAGUGCCACGUUGCUUUAAUCACAGAUGUACGUUCGUAAAUUGGUUGGAAAAACACCUUUUUAGAGAUUGAAAAACUGGAAAUUACAGUAACUCAGAUGUAACAUGAACGCAACGUUACAUUACAUGCCAAACAUCGUCUUGUUACGAGGCCGGCUGUACAGAUUUUUAACAUGCUAAACAUUAACAUUUCAGCAUUCGGAGCAUGGGAAUGUAACUAACAAUUACUUUCAUUAUCGAUAGAUCUGAAUUCCCGAAUAAUUGAGUAAUCGCUUAGUCUACGAAUAGUCAGUAAAUAUUGAAAAAUGUCUCUUAUUAUUAUAUCCCAAAGCUCAGAGAGAUGUAUUCAAAUCGCUGCUUUAGUCCGACCAAAAAAAACCCGACCAAAACCCAAAUAUGUUCACGCUUAGCCAGAGACUUUUUGGACAUGUUUGCUUGAAAAAUGACUAAAACAGUUAAUGGAUUAUCAAAAUAGUUUGCAAUCAAUGUUCUGUCAAUCAGCUAAAUGUUGCAGCUGUAAAUGGGA